AUGCCCAUUACCAGGAGAGCUAACCACGACAUCGCCAAGGCGUAUGUCAUGCUGUUUACUCGGCGCGCCGCCUCCUACCCCAACCAUAAGUCCAAAUCUGAUAUUGGGAAAGCUGCGAACCAUGUCAUUAGCGACGCUUGCCGCAGAGAGAUAAAUGUUGUCAUCAUUUUCGUCUCUAUAUUCUGGUUCCGCAUGCGUCUCGUCAAGAAGUACAUCUGCGGCAACGCGCUCUACCGUUAUGGCGCAGAUCCAGCCUACAGUGUAUUCUUCUCGGCUAAGUUUCCGUUUUGGCACGACCUGUCCCUGAGCGGGAGAGUGUUCGGCAUCUCCCUCUCUACUCGACACAGCCCCUUGACGAUCAAUCUGUCCGGUAUCGGGAGAUGUUGGUUCAUCCGCCAGUGUACGGCCGCGUUCGCUUUCGGAGGCAACGUCAUCGCGGGCUGUGCCAUCAGCAUCCACUAG